CAUCAACAAAGACCGCGAAAAUGGAACCAGUGCGUCGCCGACGAAGACCUGCUGUGUAAUCCACUCCAACUCCAUAUUGAAGGGCGACGGCUGAUAUUCUCACAGGUCGUGCAGUCUUUGCCGAAAGCGCAAGAUGCGCUGCAAUCGAGGAUCGCCGUGUAGCAAUUGCAUGCGCGCAAGAAAGGGCGAUUGCGUCUAUGACAAUCCUCCUCCAGUUCAAAGAAAUGCAAGAGGUCAAGAUCAUGUCGCUUAUGCUCGCCAUGAUUUCCAUGGAAUAUCACUACCGACACCUGAGGACUUUGUCGCAAGCUCAAACUCAGGAUUGCCUGGUAUGACUACAGGAGCAGCAAGCUCUUCAACGGGCGCGCCGACACCAGUCAGUCAAUCUUCGGUUCAAGAGCUCGAAAUCUUGCGAAACAAAGUACGCCAACUUGAGGUUCAGUUAUCAUCAACCACAGCAGCACCAUCGCAAUCGCAUGUCUCAACGCCAGCUCCAAACCUUGAAACAUCAUCAUCAAAAUUGGGCGGAACGUUUCACCUGCACUCCCAGAGGCAACAGGGUAACGCAUUAGCAAUACCCCGAGCUAUUUCUCACAAGUCGCGAUUCUUUGGACAAAGCCAUUUUGUCUGCGGGUUGCCAUUACUCCGACACAUCAUAGAAGCAAUUGACCAGUAUGCAACUGAGACCUCAGGUCUUGUUGUUGGAGUCCAGAAGUGUAAGGCUAUGGCAAAGCGCAUCAAAGCGCUACGUGCGCCUACAUGGCCGACGCCGCUCACCACUGAGUUGGCAUCGAAGGCCCUCUGUGACAACCUCGUCGAGUGCUACCUCGGAAGUAUGGAGAAGGCCUAUCGCAUUCUUCACAUACCAACGUUCAGAAAGAAAUAUGAUGCUCUAUGGACCUCCGAUGAUGAGUCAGAUCGAGAUUUUGUUGCUCAACUCAAGUUGGUGCUGGCGUUGGGCGCGACGACCUACGAUGACAGUUUCUCUCUACGGCCCUCGGCCGUUCAAUGGAUAUACGAAGUUCAGACGUGGAUAUCAGAACCAGAGUUCAAAUCAAGACUCGGUAUACAAUUUCUUCAGACUAAUAUCCUUCUUCUCCUCGCUCGGGAAAUGGUCUCCGUGGGAGGAGAAUCGUCCUGGAUCGCUUGCGGUUCACUACUUAGGACUGCCGUAUCAAUGGGUCUGCACAGAGAUCCCGCGCUCUUGUCCAAAGCUUCUACGAUGGCGUUUGAGAUGCGACGACGCCUGUGGAACACGAUACUCGAACUCUGCCUUCAGUCAAGUUUAUCAUCUGGUGGACCAACAAUGAUCUCAGAAGAAGACUUUGACACUGAGCCGCCUGGGAACUUCGACGAUGAUCAAAUCAUGAUCGACGGUGCGACCUCCAGACCUGACAGCGCCUUUACUCAAGUUUCAAUUGCGAGGGCAUUGCGAAUAACAUUUGCGUCUCGUCUCAAAGUUGUCAAGUUACUCAAUGAUCUCAAGUCUAGCGACUCGUACCAAGAAACAUUACGUCUUGAUGCCGAACUGAAGGCUUCAUACAAGGAAGCCAAUCGGAUGUUGAAAGACUGCAGCAAGGGCCAGAAUCUGCCUGCAGAAUUUGAGCUUUCUGCAGUUGACUUCAUCAUGCGUCGCUAUCUCUGUGCACUACACUUCCCAUACUACGGACUCUCUUUGCAGGAACCAAGUUAUGCUUUCUCACGAAAUAUAACGGUCGAGUCGGCUUUCAGAAUGUUUUCCGUUGUAUCUUCGUCUGAUGCCAGCGCAACGAGCUCUACGGAGAAAGAUCGUUUUGCGCGACUCAUCACCUGCAGUUCUGGCUUCUUCCGACUGUCGGCAUGGCAAGCUAGCAUAUUACUCGUCCUCGAACUUAGGAGUACCGUCCAAGAGGAUGAUGGCUUUUCCUUGACGCCAGUACGACCAGACUUGUUAACCAUUAUGGAGGAUUCCAAAUCCUGGAAUCUGCGAACCAUUGAAGCGGGCGAGACUAAUAUCAAGGGCUAUCUCAUGUUAUCGAUCUUGAUAGCACAAGUCAAGGGCAUCAUGCGACAUUUGUCUGAAACAGAGAUCGUUGAGCCCAUUGUGAAAGCUGGUGAAGAGGCGAUGCAAGACGCAUUGGUAGUGUUCGAGUCGCUUCUGGCUCAAUUACAACCUGAAGGGACAGAAACUCAGGGCUUACAAGAGAUCGAUCUUAGCUUUAUGGAUGAUUGGGAUUCUUUGAUGGUUGACGACUUUAUUGAUGAUGGAGUUUCGGAUCCGAUGGCAUGGAUAUUUUGAUGUGCUGAAAACGCAUAUUGUAUUUAGUCGACACUGUGAUGAACUUAGAGAGUACAGGACGGUGGAUUAUGUCGAGCUAAGUGGUGCUUUAUAACGGCGUUGGGCGUUAUUCUAUACGGUGUCACUUGAAUUACCUACAGAUUUGACAAAAUUUUGAUGUUAAUUUGUAGUCGCAUUAGCCUCUGAGGCACGUCGGUGUUGCGC